UGAUCAGCAAUCCUCUCCAAUAUUUUCACUUUUUUUUUUUUUUUUGCAAUUAAUUUCUCAAAAAGAAACUGAAAACCUAAGUGACGCCGAAAUUUACUACAAGAUGCCGAAGAAGAUGGGUGUAAACAGCAAAGCCGAGGCGGCGCGUGCGCGCAAGAGCGCCACCGAAUCCGAUCGGAAAGAGCGUGAAUCCCGGGAGAAAGAAGAGAAUUACUGGCGCGAAGCCGAGGGUCCCAAAUCCAAGGCGGCCAAGAAACGCGAGGAAGACGCAGAGAAACGAGCUGAAGCCGCUGCUCGCCGUGCGGAGGCGCGUCGUCAAGCGGAGAUGGAGGAGAAAGAGAUAGAUAAAGCGAUGAAGAAACCAGAUAAGAAGGCGAACCGUGUGGCAAUUCCCGUCCCUAAGGUGACGGAAGCGCAACUGCAGAAAAGGGAGGAGGAGGAGCAAGCGGAGAUGGCGAAGAAAGCGGAGGAGGCCAAGAAGAAGCAGAGUCGGACGGCGGCGGAAGAAGAGUAUGAGAGGAUGGUAUUAGUGACGAAUACGAAUAGGGAUGAUUCGCUGAUUGAAGCAAGGAGUGUGGAGGAGGCGAUUGCGCAGAUGGCAGUGGCCGAUAACCUCCCCGCCGAUCGCCAUCCUGAGAGGCGGCUUAAGGCUUCCUUUAAGGCAUUUGAAGAAGUUGAACUUCCUAGGCUUAAGGAAGAGAAGCCGGGUCUUACUCACACCCAAUACAAGGAUUUGAUAUGGAAACUAUGGAAGAAAUCUCCAGACAAUCCUCUAAACCAGAUGUCCGAGUGAUCGAUGCAAAAUUUUCCUCAGGCGAGUUUUCUUUGGAACAAAUUGUGUGCAGAGAUACCUUUCGCUGUUUAUAAACUUGUGUGUGGGGGGUUAUCUGAUAAACUUCAUGUGCAGUGUCUGCUAAGUGCUGAAAACUAAAUAAAAAAUUAUUUGUAGAAUAAUACUGGCUAUCUAUUAUUACUGUUCAAGAUCCUAUAUAUGUGUUUAGUUAGUUUAACUUGGUUUGUUGCCCACUUUCAUAAAAGAUUGACUGAUGUACGCACAGAGGAAUAGUGCAAAUUACUGAUUAAUUUUCUAUUAUAAUGAAGUUUUUACAUUA